GCAGCAUUGGCACUUCCUCCUCUCUCCUCUUCCCACUCAGGGGGCACCACAUAGCUGCUGCCUGUUCUUCCACCAAGAUGGGCAAGUGAAAGGAAUAGCUAUUGCUGCUUCCAUGCCACUCACUCAUCUCUAGCUGGUGGAAUAAGGCGGCCGGGGACCCAGAGAGCACUGGCUCCCUCUCUGAACUCCAAAGUCCACAGCUGGGCAGUACAGUACCUUGCGGCCAACUGAAGCCUGCAUGUGUCCUGUCAUUUGACAGGGACAAGCAAGACUACUAAGAGAGCAAAAUCGAACAAGAAGAGAGAACAGUGUUUGAUCCCUACAGGAGCAGCUGCUCCAUACUUGUGCUCUGAACCGGAUAGAGCACAAUCGGGAUCCCCCGGGCCCCUGCACGAGCAGCCAGGGUCACACUCCUUUUCCAAGUAUCUCUGCUGGGCCCGAUCCUCCAUGCUACGUCUCUGAGACGAAGCGUGGGAGGCAGCUCUUUCCGGGAAGCGUCCCUGCCCGCCCGCCGCCUUUCUGGGGGUGGCGCGACAGGAAGGAUCCGCCUGGGCGGCCGGUGGGGCCCUGCGAGAGGAAGCGGCUGCUGUUACUUGUGCGGGGACAAGUGCCUUUGCACCUUCUUCUGUAGCCCUCUGGGAACUGGAGGGCGUGCAAGGCACAGCUCGCUUCUCCUCGCCUCGGCGGGUGGGUGAGAGAGAGGCCAAGCUAACAAUAGGCACUGGCCCGCUCGCCUAUCCCCUCUGGGUGGCUCACAACCUUCCCACCGGGAGAGGAAGCCGCCGCCGCCGAGGGGCCAUCCAGCGGGCCGCCGGGUUUAAACUGUGGCUGAACUUCGCCAAGGGCAACUCAAAAUUUGCUCGCCUCAUGGGGAUCGGCGAUGGGGAGCCUGCGAGAAAGGCGCUUCCUCCGCAGCAAACGUGCGAUCUCGUUGGGCAGCCCCGCCCGCGAGCCCCCAGUUUCCCCCGCCGCGCGUGGCACGGAGGAUCGGGGCCGCCGCGCCCCAGUCCCCGCAGAGAGCGCGGACCUGCAAGGCGCGCAGGAGCAGCCGCUGGCAUCUCGCACUCUCUCUCUCUCUGGCUGAUGGGAGGGAUGCUCCCGAAAGUCUCCCAUAACUUGGGAAUCCCCUCUUCCCCCUCCUGCUCUCCGCCAUCCCCUGGAAGGGAGCGAGCGGCGCUUUCCCCCGCCGCACGCGCCGGGCCGAUUCUCUCUGAGACGCGCGCCAGGCUGAGGUUCGCUCCGCUCGGCGCUCGACUGGUGCUGCUUGCUCGCAGCCUGAGCCCGAGGCUGCCUUGGCAAAGAGAAGCCUGUGCAGCCUAGACCGGCUCAGCCGAGCGCCGAGCCGGAUUUUCAGGAACAAUAACAGAAAGCGCUGGGGCUGAGAGAGCCGAGCCGCGCGGCCCCCUCCCUCCCUCCCUCGCUCGCCCGCCCGCCCCGCCAGCUCGUCGCCGGGCUGCCUCCCCCCCCCACUCGCCCCCCGCUCGCGCCACAAUAAUGUACGCCUUCGUGCGGUUCCUGGAGGACAACGUGUGCUAUGCGCUGCCCGUGUCGUGCGUGCAGGGCUUCAGCCCCAAAUCCCGGCUCGACUUCGACAACCAGAAGGUCUACACCGUCUACCGCAGCCCUGCCCACGACCCCGAGGACGGCGACGAGAGCCCCCGCGAGCUGGGCGAGCGGCCGCUGCUGCACAAGGCCCAGAUCCUGGCGCUGGCAGGUGAGGCAACCGGGGGGCGCGCGGGGACGGCGGGAGGAGGGGGUGCAAUCCGGAGGCCAGACCAGUUAAAAAACCUCCCUGCUCCUUGAAGGAAUGGGUCGGGGAGAAGCUGCUGCUCCUGCUGCUGCUCCUGCUCCCCCACCCGGGGAAAUGGGUGGGAGAAGAGGCCCGACUGCAGCCCCGCUAUUUGUAGGGCCUGCCCGUCUCCGUGUGUGUGUGUGUUGCUGAGGGAGGGGUUUCAUGCGUCUCCAGGGGUCUCUGCUGCAGAGGCCUAGGAUGGGGCUUCUCAUAGGCACAGGGAUGCUCAUUCGUAUGAGAAUGGCAACAGUAAUAAUCUGGGGUUUUGUUUUUUUGUUUGUUUAUUUUUAAGAGAGUAUUUCCCCAAGGUGCUCAAGAGUGCUUGAAUGAAUGUUUCUGGCUGAAGAAGGAAUGGCUACAGGAAAGGAUGGGGGCGUUUGGGUCAGGGGUAGCAUGCCGAAAUGGGCAUAAUGGCAAGGACUGGGAAGUUUGUGAGAUCCUAGAAAACGAGGGUCCAGAAGGAACUGUUGCAGCGAUUCUGUGCAUGGAAUGAGGAGGCCUUUGGUUAUUUGGCCACGUGUGAUAGGCAUGGAAACCAAAGGAUGAACAUGGGCAGAUUGGUCAUGAGGAAGUUGAGGAUGUAGUUACCACAGAAAAAGUCAUAAAAAGAGCCCUGCUGAAUAAAGCAGAAGGAUCAUCCUGCUUUCAAAAGUAGUGUGCCAGAUGAUUCCAGGAAUCCCACAAGCAAAGUAUGAAUGCAACAGUCCUCUGUUGUUUGCAGCCAAACAGCUGCUAUUCAAAGGAAUGCUGCUCUUGAAUGUGGAUGAUCUAGUGAACUACCAUGGCUAAAGUCAUUGAUCAAUCGGUUUUUAUUUACAUCAUCAUAACAUCUUGGAGCAGUGAGUUCCAUAAGUUAGCUAUAUUACAUGGUGGGAUAUUUUUCCCUGUAUCCUGUACCUGUUCUCAUUCAAUUCCUUUGAGCAAAUGUAAUAACAUUUUGUGAGAAUUAGUUCUAGUAUUAAGUGAGCUUGUAUGGACUUUCUUCAAAAUGUGUGUCAUCUUAAAAACCUCCAUGAGGAGUAGCAUAUAGAGGCCAUAUUAUUACAAGAAUUGCUCCUUCCUGUGAUCCACUUGCAAAGGUGACCUACAUGCAUAAUAGCACAGCUUACCAAAAAAUCAGAGGCUGAAGAAGAUAGAUGGUAGCAAAUACAUUUUCUUGGUAGUAUAUACCAGGCUAGAAACACAGUGACUCCCAGCCCCCAGAUUGCAGACAAAUGAACUGUCAUUAGCCAUGAGUGCUAAAUGGAACUUUCAUAUUCAGAAACCAUAUACUUCUGAGUACUAGAUAUUGUUGACAAUAACUAUGCCUAACCAUAGUUUUCUGUCCUUUCUGCUCAUGAACUGCCAGAUGCCGUGCAACAAGGUUUUUCAUAUGGCUGGUAUUUUUACAAAUUAGCAGUGUAGUCCUAUAAACGUUUACUGCUAGGUGAGUAUGUAUAGGAUUGCACUCUUAAGUCCACAGAAGUACACACAGGAAGUAUGCCUCACUGCACAUAAUGGGCACCUUCUUUUAUUCACAGAGUCCCUCUCUCCCCCCCCCCCAUCCACAUGAAUUAAGGGAGCCAUGCUGGAGAUAGGUGGACUUUAUCCCAGGUAAUCUUAUCCCCUUCUAGCCCCAGCAUAUAGCUACAGCUUCACUAUUUGAACCUAAAUUCUGGCUAAUACCGCCAUAGAUAGUUUCAACAGUUCACAAGGAGAAGUAGGCCCCUAGGCAUAUACCUCUCUCCUUUCCUACUGAGGUGUGGAGAGCAAUUCAGACCUCUGGUCUGUAGCAACAUGGCUUAAAAGAGCAGAGCAACAAGUUUCACACAUCCACACCUCUUGUACCAGCCUGAUUCAUUUUGUUAGCCAACACCUAAGCUGGUGCACCGAAGAGGCCCAGAUCGUGUCCAUUGCUGUCAUGUGACAGAAGCAGGGCCUGCUGAUGAGCCAGUGAUUCAUUUACUUGCUCCCUCUCCACCCUCCAGAAUGUCCCAUUUUGUAGGUUUAUGCUUACUACCGGUGAGUGGGGUAACUGCUGGUGAUGGCUCAAAGUGUUCUGUGGCUUAAAGUGUUCUGUGCCAGUGGAGCCACACAAGGCUGGGCAGAGGUACACCUCUGCUGCAUCCACACACACACACACACACACACACACAUAUCCUGGCAGUUCAGAGAGUUGGAUCACAGUGAUAUUUCACAUGUCACAUUGCAGACCUGUUAAGAUGGCCGCAGAGGCUGAUGGAUUCUGAAUAAUUCCUGAGAGUCUUUGAGAUUUUGUUGUUGUAGCUGCUGGUCCUGUUGAAGCCCUGAUCACAUUAUGGAGUUCUGAAAUGAUGUGGACUGUAAAUUCACUCCCCUUAUUAUUGAGCUGAGGCUGUACAGUGCCUUAGCUUAUCCAAUAGCUGAUGAAGCAGGUGGGGGCAAUGUCUAGAAUACAAAUAUGACUGGACAAAAGUGAGAGCUCAUAUUUGAGACCACUCUCUGGCAGCGAUACUGCCCAACGAGUAUACUGUUCUACCACUAUUGUAUCAUCUCAGUGCCAUAUACUGAUGUGUCUUUGAAUAAUGAGAUGUCCCCAAAUGAGUCCACAGAAAGAUCUUAAGGAAACCUUGAAGGCCAAUUGUGACUUACUUGGGGAUAAAAUUGCUGACAUUCAUCACAGCCUGAACAGCACAAUUAAAACAAUUAGUCACAGAUUUAGGGUGUUGCCUAAUUAUUUUCAUAGUACAUGCUCAGGAAGUGGUUAUUAGUGUCAACUACUGGCUGGUGAUGGGACGCGGGUGGCGCUGUGGGUUAAACCACAGAGCCUAGGACUUGCCGAUCAGAAGGUCGGCAGUUCAAAUCCCCGUGACGGGGUGACCUCCCAUUCCUCGGUCCCUGCUCCUGCCAACCUAGCAGUUCGAAAGCACGUCAAAGUGCAAGUAGAUAAAUAGGUACCACUCCGGCGGGAAGGUAAACGGCGUUUCCGUUCGCUGCUCUGGUUCGCCAGAAGCGGCUUUGUCAUGUUAGCCACAUGACCUGGAAGCUGUAUGCCGACUCCCUCGGCCAAUGAAGCAAGAUGAGUGCUGCAACCCCAGAGUUGGUCACGACUGGACCUAAUGGUCAGGGGUCCCUUUACCUUACUGGCUGGUCACUAAUAUUACUUCCAGUACCAGAUAUCAGUCAGAUGGUAGCUGGACAAUUACACAUUCCUAAAUAAUGUUGAUUAUUUAGAUCAGGGUUUAUUCUUAGGUUUGUCACAGAAACUGAUUUGUUGGUUCUGAUGACCUGCUGUGGAAGGACAGAAGAAGUGUGAUACUGAUAAUUUUCUCGAUACCUCAGUGGCAUUUGAUACUAUCAGCCACACCAUCCUGGACCAGGUUAUUGGAAUGUAAGCACUUGGUGGAUUCCAGAAGGUUGUCCUGGGGUCCUUUAGCUGUGGUUAAGGACAAAGGUCCAGCUGUAAAAUGGAGCUCAGUCCAAACAAGAUGGGAUUUUUAUUCAUUUAAAUAUUUUAAAGUUACACUUCAAGGUGGGAUGCAACUUAAAGCAGGUUCUGUAGGUAAGUAGUCUGCCUGACUGAGGAUCUGUUCUGCUUAGGGUUGCAUGCCCUCUUAAGUCUGCAGUACUGUUAGACCCAUCCUUUGCUAUGAACACCCAAGUCGUGUUGGUGGCAUGCAGCACGAGAGCCAGUGUGGUGUAGUGGUUAAGAGCGGUAGUCUCGUAAUCUGGGGAACUGGGUUCGCGUCUCCGCUCCUCCACAUGCAGCUGCUGGGUGACCUUGGGCCAGUCACACUUCUUUGAAGUCUCUCAGCCCCACUCACCUCACAGAGUGUUUGUUGUGGGGGAGGAAGGGAAAGGAGAAUGUUAGCCGCUUUGAGACUCCUGAAGGGGAGUGAAAGGCGGGACAUCAAAUCCAAACUCUUCUUCUUCUUCUUCUUCACAAAGUGCUUCAGACUAGAGUGCCAGUUGCUACUCCUUCUGAGCAGACGUAGCGUGGCCAUGUUUAUCCUUGUACCAUUCAGGCUUGACAACUACAAUACAUUAGGAAAAAUACACUAGGAACAUAGGAAACUGCCUUAUACCAAGUCAUGUUAUUGGUCCAUCUUGCUUAGUACUGUCUGUAUUGACUGGCAGAUGCUCACCAUCAUUUCAGGUAGGGAACCUUGCAUCCCUACCUGAAGAUUCCAGGGAUUGAACCUGCAUUCAAGGCAGGUGCUCAACUACUGAGCUACAGUUCUUUUUCAGAAGUGUCUCAUAUUGAGAACAUAUCUACCAUGAUGGUGAUGGGCAGGCGUUAUCUUGCCAUCUUAAUUGACUUCCUGUAUGUUUCCAGGUGGUGGUGUUGCCUUGAUCCCAGGAUUUAUAGGUAUGCCAAAGAUCACCGGUUCUGAUUAUCUGUUAAGAGAUUUUUUCCAGUCUUUUGCUUGUUGAGGUUAGGUGAUGUGCCUUCUCUGUAGUAGUUUCUAGCCUGUGGAAUGAUUUCCACUAGGCACAUGCUGGAUGAUUAUUUUAUUUUAUUUUUUUACUAAUUUCUUCUAUGCCAUGUAAAAAUGGCUUUAGUUUAUUGUUGCUUUUUCAGUUCUGCUGCUUUUAUACCUGAAAUUUCAACUUGAUUGCUUUCUGUGCUGCCACAUGUUAUUUUGAACUUGCUUAUUCAUAUUAGUUUGUUUUGUUUUUAUUGUUAAGCUACAUGUUGCUAGAAAAUACCUUUCUGAAGUGGGAUAAUACAAGUCUAUCAGAUAAAUAAACAAAUCCUUUCUAUAUGUGAUGUGUAAAAUCACAAUCUUCUAUCUGCGAAACAGCACCCCCCGCCCACUGCCAUACAGGUCUUGCAGAAUUAUAGAAAAGUGCUUACAUCAAGGAUAAGAAGGAAGGCAAAAGGCGGAGGGGAACAAAAAGCUAGCCUUUAAAAGGCCUGAGCUACUGAACUAUGAUUCAAAGACUGGAAAGAGUAAAUUUAUGUCAUCACUGCUCCUUAGUUAGUUGUUUGCCCCCCGCAAAUGCAAGUUAGUUUGUAGCUUUAAAAUAUUAUUUUUUAGUAUAUCUCCAGAGUGAGAAAACUACUUGCAGCACACAAGAAUCCCAAGGGCAUUGUUAUCUGAGAAAGGUACACAUUGAGCAGAACAUUCUGGGGGCAUGCAUAGAGAAGAGACUCUUCUUUCUAAGUAUCCAUUCUCAAGUUUGGGCAUUAUGAGCUGGCAGUUGAGGUGCCUUUUUUAAAAAACAAACAAACAAACCCCAAACACCUCUGUUUUACCGAGUUGAAAACCAAAAUGUUCUUUACCCUUUUAGGAUUGUUUGAUCCCAAAGACAUGCUGAAAAGUUGGGGGUGUGGUGACCCUGUUGGCAGGACUGAGAAUUAACAAUCCUCUGUGCUGCAAGAGGAAAACCUUAUAUAAUCUAGAAUAACGCUCUGUAUUCAAAAUGCCAAACAGCAGGAUUUGUGCUAAACACACUUAGGGGGCAAGAAAGCAUUUCAGGUCACAGGAUUAUUUAUGCAAUCAGUAACAUUAAAAAUCCCCAUAUCUGUGUUAAAAUAUGAGGUGAAUAUCAUAUCUGUUGCAAGACAGGAAGUGAAGCUGUAGCUUGUAAAAGGUACCUGUUGUUCUAUAAAUCAUUAUAUAUGCUGAGUACAACAUACCUAGAUGCUAAGUUCAAUCAGUGCAGAACAAAUGGUAGUUAACAACAGUGACAAUUCCUGAUUAGUAUCAAUUAUUUAAUCAGGGUGGCCCACUGCAAAGUUUUCACUGCUAGACUGUAGUUCAAACAUUUGCUGUAAUUUCCCCCAGGGUUGUGAGUUUGAUUUCAUCAUGUAUAUUUUACUGAAAGAACAACACCCUUCUAUGACUACAGCAUAACAAUUAAUUAUUCGUAUCCAAAAUAUAGGUAAUUCAGUGGUGAUAUUGAUGCAAAAAUUAGGUUUUUUUAUUGUCAGAAACUUCAAGCAAGUGCUUCAUACAGUCUUUUAAAAACUCUUCCCUUCCUGGUUGGCUGGAGGUGAUUUUUACCUGCUGCAUGCCUGGUUACAAACGUGAUGUAGGAAAAUAAGAAUCCUCAGUAUGGAGAAUGAUGACUCUCGAUUGAGAAUGCCUGAUUUGGGGAAGACCCUUCUCUUCUGAAGGGUUCCCCACCUCAAAAGCAGUAAUACAGAAUUUCCAACAUUCAUUAGACUCAUAGAAGUGUAGAGUUGGAAGGGACCCUGAGGGUUCAUCUCAUCCAAUUCCCUGCAAUACAGGAAUGACAAGGAUGACUGCAGUUUGGACUAGUGAAGUGAAGGUUCUUGGAGUAGUCUGAGUUAGCUGUCUACCACUUGCUCAUAAUCUUGCUCUUCAUUCAUUUAUUUCAUGAUUGUAAAUAUUGAACUUGUACAAGGUGUGGUCCAUUCUGGCUGAGUUUUGUGAGCUAGGAAGUUACAUAUUGCAGUGUGUAUUUGAAUUUCUUGAUAGGUAUUCUGCCUGUGCCUGAGGUGGGUAAUCUGUGGCUCUUAGAUGUUGUUGGACUCCCAACCCCAGUCACAUUGGUCAGUGAUCAGAAAUGAUACACUGAUGGGGUUUGAACUUAGAAUGGCUGACAAAGAAAGAGAGGUGGGGCAGCUCUAUGAAAAGGAUGAAUUUCAUGUGAUGGAUCAUUAGGAGUGAAAUAUGCCUUGAUACAUAUAUAUAGUAAAAACUGUGCUUGGAAUACUUUAUCUAGUUCUGGUUGUCACAUUCAAAAAUGUAGAGCCAGAAAACCACAGCUAAAAUUAUUGAGGGGAAAUAUUGGAAUGUUUUGAUGAAUAAAGGGGGACAUGAUAGUAAAAAAAACCAUGCAUGGCGUGAAGAAAGUGAAUAUGGAGCUCCCCCCCCCAAAAAAAAUUAUAUAUAUUAGAAUUGUUGUCACUCAGUGAAGCUGAAUGGUGCGAGAUUCAGGACAGGCAAGAGGAAGUAUAGCACAGAGUUAAACUAUGGAAGUUGCUACUACAAGAUGUACUGAUGACCAACUUGGUUGGAUUUAGACAUAUUCGUUCAGGAUAAGACUAUCAUUGGCUACUAGACACCACAGCUGUUAUUACUCUUUCAAAUCAGAAACAGGAUGCCUCUAAAUACAACUUGCUGGGUAACAUGAGCGGGAGAGUAAUUUUGUGCUAAUGUCCUGCUUGUGGACUUUCAUAGGCACCUGGGAACAAAAUGCUGACUUGAUGGGUCUUUGGAAUGAUCCAGCAGGCCAGGUCUUGCAUUAUUAUAAUUGGAGUUGUAGUCCAACAACAUCUGGAGGACCACAGUUUGCCAACCCUAGUUCCUAGCCUACAAGGUUUGGAUUCGCUGAUGUGAUCCAGCUGAUAUGUUGAAGUUGUCCUGUGUAAAAAUUGGCAUACAGUAAAGUCUUGAGAUUGCUUCAUCAUCUAUCUGUUACAAUGCACUUCAUGCUUGUCAUUCUAUUGCCCUAUCUGCUUUUGACAGCUUUAUGAUAAUAUGCUAGCUUGAUUAUCAGCUGUCUAUUUUGCUUUGCCAUGUAUUGGGCUGUGCAUGAAUCCACACGUAUCUAAUUGAACAUGGAGAACCUGCUUCCUUCUGUUUUCUUCUUUUAGUAUUAGUAAUACUUUCUUUGGGUUUCAGAAGGAUUUCAGGAGCUAUCAGAUACCAAAGAAGGCUACAAGCACUAACAGAUUCUUGAAACAUCCCUGUGUGGAGUGUUCAUGGGAAGCUGACAAAGAAAAAUAGGGCGUUGUUGAGCAGUUAUAGUAACAGCCAGCUUAAAAAUUCUCUAAAGUUCAGUAGACCAUGAUGUUCUGCAGCUUCAUUUUCUCUAAUAUCAGGUUCUCAUAAUUAGUUUGUUUGUAAGGCUUAGUAGGUGUUGACGGGAAUGGGUUGGUUAACGAUAAUAUAGAUUGAGCCAUUGCUUUCUUCUGAUGUUACUUGACAACAUUUUGCUUUCACCAUUAUCCAAAGCAACCAAAAUAAAUAAAACAAAUCAGUUUUAACACUGGCAGGAUCUUUAUAUGGCCCCAGAAUACUUGUACUUCCUUGGUUUGUGCUCCAUGUUGCAAAAAUCUCCCAAUAGUUGCUUGCCUGUCAGAACUGCUUCCAGGUGCCCAGACAAAGAAAUCUUUAAAUUUGGGGGAUUUCUUUACCUUCCUUUCUGGCUGUUGAAAACAUGACUGACACUUUUACAUAUAGAUAGACAGGUUUGUGAAAAUUUUGUGAGCCAGUAACUCUUUUUACACCAAUCCAAGGCGUAAAAAAGCUGACUUGCACUUCUGCUUCAUCACUAUUUGCUUUCAGGAUCAAUAGAAAAUCAAUGAGAAUUAUGUUAUUAAUAUUUAUUUAAAGUCUUUUUUAUAAAUCUAUUUUGAAUUACCCUUUUUUCCCUUACAUCUGUAAGCCAGGACUGGACAUGUCAACAGGGAUUAUCUCCACCUCCCCACUGUUAAACCACAGAUAUUCCUCUUCCCUCAUCACAAACUGCUCUUGAUUUUUCUUUCUUUUAAAAGCAGUUUUCCUUGCAAAACCCGGGGUUACCUGGUGUUUGAGAAACACAUCCAAGGCUUAUGUGGGUUUGCAGAAGUAGUCACACACUUAUUUCAAACCUAACCUAUUUUGUGUCAUAGAAUGUAGCUAUGCUGUGUUGCAAGAAUGUAUUUGUUGAUACAACAAAGACUGGAGAUUGGGCAUUAGCUUCCAACACUCUCUUUAAAAUUCAGAAGCUGAAAGGUUGUCCAGUUUUUUGCCAGUUAAGCAGUAUUUUUACAAGACAUGCCAUGCCUAAUAUAGUCUAAUGCAGCCUUCCCCCAACCUGGUGCCCUCCAGAUGUUUUGGUUUACAGCCCCCCUCUCAGCUGCAACUAAUCAGGCGUGAUGGGAGUUGUAGUUCAAAACAUCUGAAGGACACCAGUUGGGGAAGACUGGUUUAGUGAACAUCAAAUUUCAAAGCAUAAAAGAUGCUAUAUUACUGAUAAAGUGAGGUUAGAAUGUUUAUGCUGUAAGAGAUACUGGUUUUUCCACAACAUACUGUAAACACAUGAUUUAAUAUAUCUUUAGGAGUUGCUGAUUAGGAAAAGAACAUGCACGGACACACUGUGUUCUAAGAAAAAAUUCCAUGAAGCUCUCUGAAACACUUCCAUGUGGAUGCUGCUAGUACCGUAUGUACUUAGUUUCAUUUUCCUGAAGCAGCAGCUUUCAGUGGGCUCACAAAUGGUUAGUGUUGACAGUGCAGAAAAGGAAAACAAAGGUAAAUCAGGGUUUAAUGAGGAGCACAGCAUUCAUUAGGGAUGAGUUACACAGAUGAAUGCAAUUCCUUUUUGUCAAAGACAGAAAUGGAUCUCUCAACUAGUGAAAUUGUAUCCUGAGGCAGAGUAAAGAAAAUACAUACAAAAGAUGCAAAAAAAGGGAACUGAGACAAGCUAAAAUGAACUGCAGAUAGUCAUAAGAAAUACCAAGCCAGAUGCAAGAAGUGGUGAUGAAAUAAAAUUCUAAAGAGCAAUCCUCAGAGUCCUCUUCUCAGUGCAUUUUAUAAGUCUGCCAUUUUUAACAACACAUCAGUCUGACUGCUAGGUCUGGAUAAUCGCAUUUUCAUUUCCACAGAGAAAAAAUGUAAAGGAGUCAUCAGAUUGAUGUUGUCAUAAGGAGCAGGAGAUUAAAAAUGAGAGAGUGGGGGUGGGAAAGUUAGGUUUACAUAGAAGAAAGGAAAUUACAGAUAAAUAUUGAUCAGAAUUUUAAGAUUGUCUCACUCAUAUAUUACAACAUAAUCAUAGGUAAAUAUAUUAAAAUUUGCAGGGGUACACCAAAGCAAACUUCCUUUCUUUACAAGAUUUAUUAGACACCUUUCAAAAGAUCAAAGAUGCAUACAAUAAAAACUUUGUCAAGUAAAGUCAGCCCAUUAAAAAAAUAAUAAUUAGAAUUGAUCCAAAAAUCAAGAGCAGCAGAGCAAUAGAUAAUAUAAUCCCUUGAUAAAAGCUGAAAGAGCAUGAGAACAAAAAAGCAUUAACAAAUGAAAAUAUAUUAACCAUCUAGCAGAAUGCAGAGGGAGAUUAUGCAUCUCAGUAAGCAGAAACAUCAACCCUGUUUGAUUUCUUGGAUGUCUUGAUAAUAUCUGCCUUGGACCCAAAUUAUGUGUUGCUUGCCAGGAGCUGAGUGACAAAUGAAAAGUAUAGGAAGGAAACUAUCAGGGGUGAUAUGGGUUCUGAACAGCCUGCCUGGAAAUUGCACCUGAAGGCUCCAGAGUUCUGCAAAUAAACAUGUCUUGGUUCUCAAGUCUUGGUUCUCAAGUCACUGGACUCCAGUGGUGGCCUCUGCUUCAAAAAGCAGUAAACAUAGUUAGGAUUGGAAGGUCCCAUUCAGGCCUCUGCCUGUCCCUGUGAUCCAGAAAGGACAGUGCUGCUUGUUGUUGCCACUUAAUCUUUUCCUUAAUCUUGCCAGAGCAAAGGAAAUGGCAUAUUUAUAUAUAAUGAAAAUAUUGACAGUUUUAUUUUGAAUUGGGCUCAGUAAAACAAGGUCUAACUCCUUUCCACAGUAAGCCCACUUGCCUGGAUAUUAACCAGUGGUGACAUUGGUUCAGUUUGUAUGUCACAUUAAACCAUAGUGUGUAAUACACACUGCGCAGACAUUCCCACAGCACCUUUCCCUUGCACUUCCUGCUGCCACACGGCAGAUGAAACAACCCAGAGUCUGUGUUGUCAUGUCAUCUGAACCUAGGCUCAUGGUUUUUCCUUCAAACAAACCAUGAGCUGUAAGCCAAUUACAAACCUUGGUUGCUGUUCAUGGUUUGUUUGGAGGAAACACAUCACAAUCCAGAUUCUGGCUUGCUUUGUCCACAGUGCAGCGGGGGAGAGGAAGAGUGCUGUGGGAGCUUUUGAGCACUAUGCACUAGUACAUUAAUGUAGAGAGCAAACUGGGCAAAUGACAGUGGCAGUGACAGCUUUUUCUUUCUUUCUUUUUUUUAGCAAUGCCAUAGUGGUAAUGUUGGGAGAGUGGUCUCUGUUUUUUUCCACCUGACUCUUGUAAGUUGAGCUGCUACCUGCUGCAGGUGUCAACAGUGCUGAAAGAACUUCAUUUCUCAGUAUGCCAGCUGCUUGGGAAUUUGCUAUAACUGUUCUGAGAGAUGGGGGAGAGGUAUUCUUAAUGCAUAUAUGCUGGAGGAACACCAGCAUAUCUUCUUUAAACAUUGCCUCUUCCUUUUUUUUUUGGUAAAAGAUUUGUCCUUUUGUAAUGGGAAGUUUAAAAUUUUCAUACAUUUAAAUGAAAUAACACAAAUACAAAUGUGGUGAUUGUAUUUUUCUGUCUUGAAAAAUACAGAAUUUAAAAAAACGUAGAAUUGCAUGUGGCACUCUUCAUUUUGGUGUUAAUGUUUAGAGUCUGUGGAGCAAUUGAAUUCCACUGCACACUGAAGACAGUUGAGCAUGGGAAACUUUAAGUGGUCUGGCCUCAGUGAUACAGCAUUUGAAUGAUAAGUUUGAUGAAAAGUUUGAUGAAUUUGACCAUUUUUAUUUUUAUGUAAAUUUUACAGAAGAUAAAACUGAUCUUGAAAACAGUGUGAUGCAGAAGAAAAUUAAAAUCCCCAAGCUUUCUCUCAAUCACCUAGAAGAAAUAGGAGAAAUUACAGAUUAUGGGGAUGAAGAUAUGGAACUUAGACACUGUAAGGUAUUGGAAGUUUUUUUGUUGCUCUUUUUUAAACUUUGUGGCUUCAGACCUUAAAGGAAAGCAUACAAAGCAUUGUAUUACUGGCUAUGACUGAUGGGAGUGUGAAUGUGAUCAAGACUCCUGAAUUGCUUUAAAUGUCUCUUUGUAAAUGCAUGGGGCUUUUUCAUUCUAUUUGCUCAAGUUCCUUUCUUUAGUCAUUGUUGGACACUGUUUCACUUUGGCCCAAAGAGUUGUUUUGCUAGUUUUUUAAUUGAAGGUCAGCUACAGGGUUUUGUGAAUAUGAGUUUUCAGCGUUGUUACUCAUUUUGUGUUGUAAAUUUAAAAGAAAGUUUUACGACACUUCAUGAAAGAAACUUCUCUUUCACAUUCAUGUCUGUGGCAGAACUCCUUCAUUGGUUGCCUUUUCUUCCCUUCGGUUACUGGUGUUAACUGGUUAACACCAGUAAAUAACUUCAUAGUGGACUGGCAUUCUCUAAAGUGUAUAAUCCAUGUGUUUAUGGGUUUGAGAGUAUCAGCACCUGCCUUUUCUAGAUAUUUAAAAGGUCUAAUCUUAACACACAAAAAACACCCCACAAUGAAAUAUAUACAACAUAAUUCAUUCUGCUGUUGAAGGGGAACAUCCAACUCCCUCAUCCUAUCAGAAAAGGAUUUCUGCUCAUGCAACGGGCCUCUCCCCUCUCCCUUCCCUCAAUAUGCUGUGGCCAAAUCUGCUCUAGAGAGUUGGGGGAAUCCCCCAGAACAGAUUUAGAGUGUGCAUGAGGGUGGGAAAUAUUAAACCACUCAGGGUUGUUAAAGGAGCAUCAAAGAGCUACAAAAGGACUUCUCCAGACUGGGUAUUCACCCAGUGUGGCAAAAUGGCAAAUGCAUUUAAGUGCAAAUUAGUGUAAGGUGAUGCAUGUAGGGACAAAAAAAAAGCGUAAUUCCGCAUAUAUACUCUGAACUGGAGGUGAAUGACCAGGAGCGAGAAACCUUGGAGUUGUAGCUAGCUAAGUGAAGAUGCUAACCCAGUGUGCAACAGCUGUGAAAAAGGCAAAUUCCAUGCUGGGGAUCAUUAGGGAAGGAAUUGAUAAUAAAAGUGCUGAUACCCAAAUUCGUGUGAUCGAUGAGGUUACCGUGACAGCUUUGGGGCUUCAUCCUAUGUUUUCCAUUACUCGAUGGAAAUUAUAGUAGCCUACUUCACAAGAAGCACAUGGUAAACUGAAAGUGUCACAUAAAAAUAUCAGUAUGAAACAUAAAACAAUACACAGUGCGCUUGUCUUUUUAAGUGACUGGCUGAGCAGGAAAAUGUACUCAGUGAUUUUAGUCUCACCAUCUGGAAACUAUUUUUUCCUCAGUGGAUUUAGGUAACGAAAUACACUGACCUUGAGCUAAAAGUUCUCAGGAAAAUUCCUUCCUGAUUUUUCUCAGGAUGCAUCUAAAGACAUGUACCCUACAAACAGUUCUUGAACUCAUCUGGUUUAAUAGUAAAUGGAGUGAAUAAAUGCUCAAAAUAAAGAGAUCUGUGAUGCAAUGAAGAAGCAUCAUACAAAAAGUACACAACAGACACGCAAAAAUGUUUUAACAUAUGUUUGUAUUCCAGGUUUUGCUUAUGUGAUAAAAUGGUUUGUGGGACACAUAGUUCUGGGUCAUAUUAUUUGCCAAAGCUUUCCCUCUUUAGCCUGCUACCAGGUACUGUGUAGUAAUCAGCCUUUUAUAUACUGAAGAAAACAUUACCUGGCUCUCCUUUGCAAAUACAUACCAGUACUCAAGACUGCUUGUGGAGGUGUACUUCAUUUUAAUUCUAGGAAAAUCAGAUAGGGAGCAUAUGCAUGCACAUUUUGACUAUUUUAGAUUCAUGAUGACUGCCAAUGUUUUCAUUAGAGUCAGGGAAUAGGUGUUUGGCUUAGUGACAACGUUAUAGAGAAACAGCAUACACAAAAGCUAUUACGUACGUAUGCCACAGGCAUACUGUUUGUGUUUUAAUGUUGCAGUGUAAGUUUAUUUUAUUCGUUUAACAAGAAAAAAUGGUAGAAGUAUGAUAACCACACCAUAUGAUCAAUGUAUAAGAAUUGUAGAUCAGUAUGAUGUGAUGUACACAUGCAAGCAACUAUUAAUUUACUGCUGGGUUAAGUUCUGGGAAUAGCUCAUGCUAUUCCCAUGCUAAGGCAAAACCGUGUGAGAUUGCCAGUGUAUUUUUUCCUCAAUGCCUGUCCCCGUCCCUCAUCCUUUUUAUUUUUUAAAUUUGCCAAGCACAUAAAGCUGAAUGUGCACAAGUUAAAUGUGCCCAAGUUGCGAGUUCCCUGUAUUUACAUUCUGCUUUUACAUUGGACUUCAUGGAGUAACCAGGUCUCCAGCUUUAUUGCCACCAAUACUGCCACAUGCCGGGCCCAGGAAAGCACAUUUUGAUUACCUUCAACCAAACUCAAAAGGCAAUCUCACCAGAUAUGUAUUUUUCUGAAUUAUGGGAACAGCUGCUCCUCAUUCAUUCUCUCACACACAUUUCUUAAAUCUAUAUGUAGGAUAAUCCAAUAGCAAUACAUGGAAAGUUCCAUGCUAGUUAGUUCAUUUGCUUGUUGCUGUAGUACACAGUAUUCAGUGUGCUAUGAAAUGCUAUACCUCCAGGUAUGGCAAGUACCGUAUUGGCCUGACUAUAAGCUGCACCUGAAUAUAAGCCACACCUUUAAAAUGGGGGGGGGGGAUAACCAAAUAUAAGCCACUCCAUUCCUUGCUGCUCCUGGCUGCAUACUUGGGGGGAGGGGGGAGCCACUUCGUUGCCAGUGGCCUUUCCCCUUCCUCACUUUCUCCCUUCCCGGCCUUGGGGAAGAGGACGGGGGACUACACACGGGGCAGGCGCAGCUUUGCUGCGCUCCUGCUGCUGUUUGCCCCACACUCCUCAUUGCAUACCGUAAGGUCGCGAAUAUAAGCCACACUUUAACUUUUCACAGUCGGAAUUUGGGGAAAAAGUGAGGCUUAUAUUCAGGCCAAUACGGUAUGUUUUCUCAUAAAUGCUAGCUAUAGUCAACAUGGGGAGGAACACACCCAGUUACCCAGACUGUCAAGCUGUUUUGAAAAUAGCUUAGUGGCUCGGUUUUGUCAAGAUCUUGCAGCAAUCUUGUCUCUCAGAGUCCAAAUGCCUGCAAGUUCACAGUAAGAUAUUGCUUGAUUUAGAGUGACUUUCGAACCCGGCCAAUAUAUGCUUGUCUUUUAAGUCAAAAGGUUAUUUUCAAUCUGUAUUAUGCAUUCUGCUGUAUUAUUUUAUUACUGCUCCAUAAUGUGUUUCAUGUACAGUUAUGGUAGUUAUUUUGUCAUCUUUCUUGUAGCACUUGUUUUUGUUGCUUAUUUUAUGAUUAAGUUGUAAAUUAGUUUUGUCAACAGCUUAGGUAUGUAGGAUUUGUUGUAUUUCUUAUUUUGGACAUCUUGAUGUGAAAAAAAUUAAGGUCCUAUACAUAAAAAGUUUAAGAAAAGCAGCUUGCAUUUGGUGUGACAGGUAUAAUGAUGACCUUUUCUGCAUAAAUAGUAUUCUUAAAAGUUUGAGGUGCUUGAUGCCCAUGAAGCACUGUCCUUAUAUCACGUUUUUCAUGGUUGCAUCUUAGUUCUGAUUGUCAGUGAAAACUGAUGCAGCAAUAUGGUAGACUUGCAAACUUUCAUCCUUCCACGCAAUAAAGUUUGCUAAAGUGGUUCUUUAUUUUUGCCAUAAAAGAGAAACAUUUUACUCUGAAUUGUAGUUUUGUGCUCCAUUCCAAAUAUUUUAAUAAGAUGAGAAUGACCGGCUGCUCAGUGGCACAAUUUCACAUACUGUACUGUGCCCACAAUCCAUAUAGGUAUAGUUAUAUUUUGCUGAAAGUUGAGACCUUGUCACUAAAUUGUGCCAAUGAGCUCAACAGCCAUUAAAGGAACAUCCUAUAGUUCUUAGAUAUAAACUGUGCCACUGAAUAUUGUUGCACCAUUUCCUAUAAAAUUAUCAACCGGGCAACAUUUCAGGAAAGUCAAGAGAUGUUGUGAUCCACCAGAGAACUUUAGAGCACUAUCAAGAGGAUUCAAAACAACCCCCAAAUAACAGGAUAAGAUUGCCUUCAAAUAAUUCUCCCCCUGUGGCCUAUUAAAAGUAUUGGCAGAGAAUUUCUGGAUGCAGUGAAGAACAGUGUAUUAUCAGAAAAUACUGUUUUUCUUUUGAUUAGAUCAGUGGAUGUUCUGGCAUUUGGGCUUUUUGAUUAGAGGGAUUGACUCCUUUAAGCAUUCAGCACACUUAUUAUUCAGCAGAUAGUUAAUAAUUUUGGAAAUGCACUUGAGCAAAUACCUGGACUUAAAUACACUGGACCAUCCGAAAGAACUGAUAAUGCUUUCACUAGCGGCAAAAAUGUUAAUUAUGGCUCUUCAUCUUUCAGAAUUAAUAUGCUGUCAAUAUCUUUCUAUUUGCAUGCACUUGGAGUCACACCUGCUAUUUUCUUAGACUCAUCAUCAUGGUUUCCUCUUGUUGUGACAAGAUCAACUGUGGAACAGUAGAAGAAUCAUUCCAGUCGAUGCAUGUUUCAGUUUUGAAUUUUGCAUGAUUCUUCAAAUUCUAUAGCUAAUUGGAAUUCAGACCUGGAAUUUCUACCCUUUUCAGAAACUGAUCUCCUUGUUAAAUCCUGGAUUUUAUACUUCACAAUUACAUUCUUAUUUCUAUUUUACAAAAAUAGUUACCCACUCUUCAUUACUUCAGGCACUGCCAGAGUGGACUACAAGACUUGAAAUAAGACAAGUUUCUCUCUCUCUCUCUCUCUCUCUCUCUCUCUCUCUCCUCCACUCUCCCUAACUCUCCCUCCCCCCCCAUUUUAAACUUGCAAGAGAAGUUACAAAAUUCUAAAACAAUAGGCAAAACACUAUUGUUUGGUAUACACUUGUGUAAAAAGAUACGUCUUCAGAAAACAUUUGAAGUUCAGAGCUGUAUGUUCUUUAGAAAUAGGUGUGGCAUUCAGAAAAAAAAAGCACUAAAGCUUCUGAACGGGUUUGCUGUUUUUAUGUUGCAAGUAUACUCAGGGAUCCCAUGCAGUGAAAAACUGGACAUAAAAGUUGUUGAGCUUCCCCCCCAAAAAUUCACAAAAAUGAAGUUUUUGAGCAUUUUUAAAAGGACAAUCGUAUGGGUUGCCCUACGUGCGGAUUCUGACUGCGGUGUUCUGGAUAUGUCCAGGAAAUUCCAGACGUAGGGCAGCCCCACGUAUGAGUGUACUUUGUCAUACUUGAGUAGUUCUCAUUUAAGUUCAGGCUGGUCUUCUGUAUGUUUUCUUUCAGAAUUUUAGAUCUCUGUUGGUGAUGACUAGAAAAUAAGGAAAAGUAAAUAUUGCAGCUCUGACAUUCUUCUCGCUCAAGAGCUGUGCACUGAUCAUUACUGUUAACAUGUAUAAAAAUGUGCAGUUUAUUGUUCAUGCACAUAUUAUAUCCAAAUACAAAUUUAACAUUUGAUACAUCCAUGUUUUAUGAUACUGAUAAACUCUUUAGUGCUAUUGUGACAGUAUAUUGACAUUGUUUUUAUUCUGCAUUUAUUGCCACAUUCUCAUUUUGUUAUGAAUUUAAAAUAAACUUCUAAUUCAACAUGAAAACACGGGCUGUUUGAUAUUUUUGCAUUUACUAGCUACAUAUGUAGUGUUUCUCUAGAAUGUUGCCCUAAGCCAAAAUAAUCCAGUUUUAUCAUGAAAACAGUUAUUAUUUUAAAGCAAACUCUUUCAAUUACACAUCUGCUUUGCUUGAUGCUAAAAUGGGGCACAAAAUAGCUGUAAGAAAGCUUAAGUACUAAUACUGAGAGUCAAAGGAAGGGCAGAUAAAUUUGCCUUGGAGAUAUUACCUCAGUUGAGAUAUGGCUGAUUAUUGCACAGUACUGGAUUGCCUGAUGCCGAAUGAAAUUAUUUCAUUAAUAAUUUUGUUAUAUUGUGGAAUUAUUCCACUCAGUCACUUGGUUUGAGCUUUGAUGCCCCCCAAUUAGGUUAAUGGUGUGAAAGUUGUGGCCACACCAGUAGCGUACAAAAAUUUCUUUUAAGUGUGUAUGUAUGUAUGUAUUUCCCACCUUUUACUCCAAGGAACUCAAGCUGGUGUACAUGCUUCUUUCUCCCAAUUUUUCCCCUCACAACAACCCUGUGAGGUAGGGUUGAGAAACAGUGACUGGACCAAGGUCACCCAGUGAACUUCAUGGUUGAGUGAGGAUUUGAACUGUGCUCUCCCAAGUCCUAGACUGACACUAACCGUUACAUAAAUGCCAGGAAAUUUUGCAGAGAACUAUUAGCUAGCCUUCAGCAAAUCUGUUUUGUCACCUCAGUGCACUGAGAAAAAUAAAGUUCUCAGCUGAUGGAAUGAAAGAACACAUUAUCUAUGCCUGUUUUUUUCCCCUGGGAGCAUUCAACACUUACCGUAUUUUUCGUUCUAUAGGACGCACCGGCCCAUAGGACGCACCUCGGUUUUUUUGGGGGGGGGAAAUGAAUAAAAAAAAUUAUUCCCCCCCCGCGGCUGCCGCCCCAAGCCUCGCGUGCUUCGGGCUGCAGGCUACCGCCCACCGGGCGCGCGAGGCUUGCAGACACUCGCCCGAGCACGGGAGCCCUCCGGAGGGCUCCCGUGCUUCGGCGACAGGCUGCAGCCCGAGCCUCGCGCGCUCGGCGGGACCUCCUGCCAGGCGCGCAAGGCUUGCAGACACUCGCCCGAAGCACGGGAGCCCUCCGGAGGGCUCCCGUGCUCGGCGACAGGCUCCCAGCCCAAGCCUCGCGCGCUCGGCGGGACCUCCUGCCGGGCACACAAGGCUUGCAGACACUCGCCCGAAGCACGGGAGCCCUCCGGAGGGCUCCCGUGCUUGAGCGACUGGCUACCGCCCAAGCCUCGCGCGCUCGGCGGGACCUCCUGCCGGGCGCGCAAGGCUUGCAGACACUCGCCCGAAGCACGGGAGCCCUCCGGAGGCUCCCCGUGCUUGGCGGCUGGCUCGCAGCCCAAGCCUCGCGCGCUCGGCGGGACCUCCUGCCGGGCGCGCAAGGCUUGCAGACACUCGCCCGAAGCACGGGGAGCCCUCCGGAGGGCUCCCCGUGCUCGGCGACAGACUGCCGCCCCAAGCCUUGCGCGCUCGGCGGGACCUCCUGCCGGGCGCGCAAGGCUGCAGACUACUCGCCCGAGCACGGGAGCCCUCCGGAGGGCUCCCGUGCUUCGGCGGCUGGCUGCCGCCCAAGCCUUGCGCGCUCGGCGGGACCUCCUGCCGGGCGCGCAAGGCUUGCAGGCACUCGCCCGAAGCACGGGAGCCCUCCGGAGGGCUCCCCGUGCUCGGGCGGCAGGCUGCCGCCCAAGCCUCGCGCGCUCGGCGGGACCUCCUGCCGGGCGCGCAAGGCUUGCAGACACUCGCCCGAGCACGGGAGCCCUCCGGAGGGCUCCCCGUGCUCGGGCGACAGGCUGCCGCCCGAAGCCUCGCGCGCUCGGCGGGACCUCCUGCCGGGCGCGCAAGGCUUGCAGACACUCGCCCGGCGCACGGGAGCCCUCCGGAGGGCUCCCCGUGCUUCGGGCGGCAGGCUUCGCGCCCAAGCCUUGCGCGCUCGGCGGGACCUCCUGCCGGGCGCGCAAGGCUUGCAGACACUCGCCCGAGCACGGGAGCCCUCCGGAGGGCUCCCGUGCUUGGCGACGGCUGCCGCCCAGGCCUCGCGCGCUCGGCGGGACCUCCUGCCGGGCGCGCAAGGCUUGCAGACACUCGCCCGAGGCACGGGAGCCCUCCGGAGGGCUCCCGUGCUUGGGCGACUGGCUGCAGCCCCAAGCCUUGCGCGCUCAGCGGGACCUCCUGCCGGGCGCGCAAGGCUUGCAGACACUCGCCCGAAGCACGGGAGCCCUCCGGAGGACUCCCCGUGCUUGGGCGACAGGCUGCCGCCCCAAGCCUUGCGCGCUCGGCGGGACCUCCUGCCGGGCGCGCAAGGCUUGCAGACACUCGCCCGAAGCACGGGAGCCCUCCGGAGGGCUCCCGUGCUUCGGGCGACAGGCUGCUGCCCCAAGCCUCGCGCGCUCGGCGGGACCUCCUGCCGGGCGCGCAAGGCUGCGGACACUCGCCGGGGCUGCAGGCUGCUGCCUGCAAGCCUUGUGAGCCCGCGGGAACUCCCACCGGGCUUGCAAGGCUUGCGGAUGGCUUCCUGAAGCCUGGAGAGGCGAGAGGGGUCGGUGCGCACCGAUGCCUCUCGCUCUCAGGCUUCAGCCAGCCUACAUUCAGCUCCAUAGGACGCACACACAUUUCCCCUUCAUUUUUGGAGGGGAAAAAGUGCGUCCUAUGGAGCGAAAAAAUACGGUAAUAGUGUUGUUGAAAAAUAUCUAGGUGCUAACAACUUCCUUAGUUUGUGUGUUGAAAAAAUAAAUUUCAUACAAGAGGUACAAUUGCAAACCUGCAAAGGAGUUCAUGUAAACCAGUGUGGUCCCAUUCUCUUCAGCAUACUAAGGACUCUCUGUGCAUUGUGGAGAAUUCCCACUGCCAAUUGUCCGCAACUUUUGACUAGCUUUGGUAGGCAGCCCAAAUUGGGGUUACCAUCAGCCCUGCUUUCUCCAAAUGCUAACUUGAAAAGAUUGUGAUUAUUUAUUAUUAUUAUGGUUCAAUAAAAAAGAAUGACUUCAUAUUUAGUAUAGUUCAUUAUAAGCACAUCGUUUACUUGAGGACUCUGGUGAAUUCCUGUUUUAAUUAACUAUAGAUCUCUGUAGCAUGCUACGUAUUAUAUGUUAACACAAUGUUUGUUGUAACACACAGAGACAAGAUGGAAGGAAACAAAAUGAAGGUACGCACAAAAGCAUUGAAGCAGUUGUUGCGCGCCUUGAAAAACAAAAUGGAAUGAGUCUCAGUAGCAAUUCCAGUCCUGAAGCAACAUUUAUGGAAACUUCAGAAAGGAUGAACAAUAUGGACGAUGCUGUAGUUCCUCGAGUUCUUUAUGAAGAAUUGCUGCGAAGCUAUCAGCAGCAGCAGGAAGAAAUGAGACACAUUCAACAAGAACUUGAGCGAACAAGAAGGCAGCUUGUUCAGCAAGCAAAAAAGCUAAAGGAGUAUGGGACAUUAGUGUCAGAAAUGAAGGAGCUCAGAGACUUGAACAGACGGCUACAGGAUGUACUGCUUCUCAGACUAGGCAGUGGUAAGUACUUGGAUAUAUGUGGGACAAGUUCUUAAAUAAUUUAAUUUUAAAUUAGAAUGGCUGAAAUAAUCACAAUAUAAUCUGCUUCAUUGCAUAUACCAAUCUUCCAUUUCAUACAUUGAAAAUUCUGUAUUCAUGUUCCUUUUUUCAUUCUUUUUAUUAAUAGAAAUUUUCAUCCUGGUAAUAUUGGCAUGCUUUUCCAGGGCUGCACACAGCCAUGCUGUGCUGCAGCUGUGGAAACAUACUCUUUUUGAAAACCACUUUGAGGUUUUAUUAUAAUCAGGCAGUAUAUAAAUGUUUUGAAAUAAAUAAAUACAUCUAGGUAUCUCUUCCCACCCAAACCAGAAAAAAGCAUGCAGAAAUAGAAGAAUAUUUCAUAGCACACUGGUCCUGUUAUGUCUGCGACAUCAUUUAUUGCAGCUUAAGUAUUGUUGCCAAAGCUCUUGGUAGAAUGAGAAAAGGAAUCCAAUAAAUAUCUUGAAUAAAUAUGAGAGUUCCAUCUUACAGCAUGAUCCUUUGCAUGUGUACUGUACUUGGAAUCUCACUAUUUAGCAGGACUUGCUUUCAGAUAAGUGUUCAUAGGAUUGGAGAACCAUAAGCCAAACUUUCAAAGUGCUCUCCUUGAGCAAACAACAUUUGCUCCAAUUUAUUUUUCAGUUCCAUGUCUGUAAAUUCCAUUGAUUUUUAAAAUUCAAUUUAGAUUUUCUCAAAAUGUAUACUAUCUAAAACUUUGUUUGGUUUAUACAAAACCAAAGACACUUUUGCCACAUUGGGACAAUCAGGUACUGGCUUGACAAACAAGGCUUGUGGCACUAUUAUGAGUGUGUUUCCAAUGUUUCAAAGUCUCCAGAUAGGGGUACAGUCAUACCUUGUUUCUCGAACGUAAUCCAUUCCUGAAGUCCGUUUGACUUCUGAAAACCUUUGAAAACCAAGGCGUGGCUUCCAAUUGGCUGCAGGAGCUUCCCGCACUCAGUCGGAAGCUGCGUCGGAUGUUCGGCUGUUUGCAAACUGGAACACGCACUUCCGGGUUUGCAGCCAAAAUGGAUGAGUGCCAAGGCGUUUGAGAACCAAGGUUCGACUGUAUAAGGAAAGGUCUCCUUUAGGUAACCUCAUCUCAAUGUGUCCAGGGCUUUAUAUGCCAAUAGCAAGACCUAAAACCUGGCUCAAUAGCAAAAUGGCAGCCAGUGAAACUCUUUCAGCCCAGGUGUUAUGCACAGUUGAUAGGUGCCCUUUUCCACAGUCUUGCUGUGGCAUUAUGCACUAGCAACAGCUGCCAGUUCAACCUUAAGGGAAGCUCCACAAAGAGUUCAUUGCAGUAAUCUAAUCUGGAGACUUUCCGGGCUUUGACCACUUUACCUAGGCUAUUCCAAUAAAGGGAUGGUCAUAUCUGUUGCAGCAGCCAAACUAGCAGAAGGUGCUCCUUAUCCACUGGUUCUCCAGUGACAAAGAUGGAUUCAGGAGCACCACCGAACUACUUACUUGCUCCUUCAGAAGUGAAACCCUAUUUAGAACAGUCAGUUGAUCUGUUCCUAGGCCUGGGAAGUGCUCCUAAACAGAACCUUAAUCCUAACCAGAAUUCAAGGUCAGUUUAUUGACCCUCAUCCAGCCCAUCAUGGUACCUAAGCACUUACCCAAUUCCUGCAUAGUCACUUGAUUCAGAAAGAGUUGAGUUAUAUUUUGUCACUCACGUGAUGUGACAGAAAAUACAUAAUAAAAGCAAAACAAGCCAAUAACACCCCCCAUCAUAUUUUAAAAGGGCAUCAGAUGUUCUGGUUAAAGGGGAAUGUUUUCAUCUGGUGCCUUAAAGGGGCAUAAUGAAAGUGCCAGCUGAACCUCCCUGGGGAGAGCAUUUCGCAAAUGGGGAGCCACUGCAGAAAAGGCCCAUUCUCGUGUUGCCACCCUCCAGGCCUGCCAUGGAGGUGACACAAAGAAGAGCGUCAGAGGAUGAUCUCAGGGUCUGGGUAGGUUCAUAUGGAGAGAAGCAGUCCAAUAAACUGUUUAAUCUAUAGGCUUUCUGCUAGACCACUGCUAAGCCACUGCCACAACAUAUUGGAUCUGUGCAUACAUAUGCCAUGCUCAUCUUUCAGUCGUGUUACUCUACAAAUACCUCUUAUUGUCAGUGUUCAGUCCUUCUCUGUGCAACUUUUUUUGGUUACUUUUCUGUUUUGGAAGUUGUGACAAAUCUCUUUCUUAGCAUCUGACAUCUUUUCCACUGGGAAGUAUUAUGAAAAGGUUCUGCUCAGUUCCUUCUCCUAAGCAUGAUGUCGUAAUUUUCUACUUGAUAUUCCCCUGCUUAUUCUUCUUUGAAGUUUCAUUUAGCUCAUUGAAAUAUAGGGAUGGCUGGGUGGCUUUUCUUACAUUCUCCAGUACUGUGUGAAUGGGUAUUUGAAGAAAAUAUGAAAGUGUUAGAUUAUUUUUUUCCCUCCAGUGUCUUGGAGUGUGCUGUCACUGAAGAUGUGAUAGCCCUAUAUUUUGACAAAUCGGAUUUCUUAAUUAUAGUAGCCAGUUACAUUUAAAACAAGGAAGAUAAAUGUUGUGUUUCUUGGUAAGAGAUAAGAUGCAGUAAUAAACAAUAUUUAGACUUGAAGUUUAAUUUUUAAAGAAAGUUAUUACAGUUUUAUCAGAUAUUUAAUUAGCUACAAAUCUUUUCUUCUUUUAUUAAGCUGGUUUUCAUGCAGUCAAAGUAAGUUGAACUCUCAAAAUGUUUGCACUUCCCUUUAGAUUACCCUUCUAAAUACUACCAUGCAUUUUAUUUUAUCUUUACUAGCCCACUAGGAGGCUAGUGGCCAUGGAAAUGCAGUUUGUUAGUAGGCUGGUAAAAACUGCCCUACCAAAUAGGCUGGCACAGGAGGGACAGAGCUGAGGGAUGAGUUUCCCUUCUUCCACAGCUAGCCUGCAAACUGAAUGGGCAGGCGGAAGAGGGACGGAAAUACUUGUCCAUUCUCUGCCAGUUCACUGACCUUCAAGGUCAUCUAUGGCUAUUCGGCUAAAUACAGGUCUGAUUUACGAAAAGGUCUGGUGAGAAGGUACUUUUCUAUUUUUACUACAAAUACCUUUCAGAAUCAAAGCGUUAAGAAGCAAACAUACUUCCUUAUAUGAGUGCAUAGGUAGUACUCUUUCCCUAAGUGAUCUAAUGUCAAGUGUGUCAGGAGAUAAAAACUAGUUUCCAUAAAUUUUUAGAAGGCAUAAGCAGGCACAGGUGAAGCAGGGAAGCAGAAAGGAUUAAUUUCUGCAUAUUUCAUUUUGUUUCCUUUUGAUAGAGAAACAUUUUAAGAGCUGAGAAGCCCAGUUCAUAUUUUUUGCACACACUCUAAAAUCCCAAGCCUGUGCUCUUUUGAUCUCUUAAAUAUUGUAUGUUGGACUCUUACCACUUCAAAUACAUCUCAGAAAGUGUGAAUCUACAUUCAAGGCUUUCCCCACUAUCUUUUUGAAAGAACACUUAGGCUGUGCUGUUAUGUUGUAGUGUGUACUGGAAUUAAAGCAGCAAAUCAGUGGGUCCCUGUCCACGCUGAAGUCCCAGUUGUGCCUGCUGCCUGGGAAGGCAGAAGGAGAGCAAAGCAUUGGCAGCAGCUGGAUUGUAGUCUGGCUCACCCACCAUCUGGCUGUGCUGCAGCCCAGGGCCUACCAUGGGAGCUGUAAGUCUAAUUAAAGGCCUGGCCCAGACUUUGAUGUCGCUGUUUUCAACCGCUGGUGAAACCGCCAUCGCACUCUGCCCCGCCAGAGGGAGAAUCAAGCUGAAUCGGCAAGGAGCUGAUACUGCUCGUUCCUUCCUCCGCUUCUUUAAACUGCUUGGCUGAGGAGUGAGCUGCUGUCCUCGCCUCAAGGAACCCCUGACCCACCACCAGCGGGAUGGGAGCUCCGUUAAAGUGCUCCCCCUCCCCAGCUGAAAGAGCCCCACCCCAACUGCUUGCACAUGAGUAGGAGUGGGAGCGGGGCUGCUCAGCUGGGAAGCCCAAAGCCUCUUCUUCCCAGCUGAGACAUCCCCGACUGCUACUGUUUGCACCCGAGUAGGAGUGGGAUUGGGGCUGCUCAGCUGAGAAGCCUGUAGCCCGCCCUUCCCAACUGAGAGAGCCCCAACCGUGCUUGGCUGCCUUCUCUGGGAGGAUGUGUUGCACCUUUCCUCCCAGAAAGAUGGAAGGCAGACCAGGCAGUGUAGGGGCUCUUGGAUGCUGCUGGCGGGCCCAGCGCUCACCAGCAGCUUCCAGCAGCCCUUCCCCACAAGGCAUGGAUACAGUAGCUUUGCACCCCGUGCCUUGCAGACUUCGCCCUGGAGUGUGGGCUGCAUCAUUCCUCCUGGGGUGAAUGUCCCCGCACCAGAGGAGAGAGACAGCGCACCCGCACAGGUAAAAGCAGUCAAACACUUGGAGCCUGACAGGUUCCGUGUGCUUGGCUAAUGCCGCUUGGUCUGACUUCGGGGAGUGGGGGGCAAGCUGGCAAGGUAGCUGCCCCCCCCCCCGUGCCAGCGAAGUCAUAGGGAGCUUGGCCAAGGAGCCAAAAGGUCCUUGCUGCUCCAGUGUGAGCGGCAGGGGACUUGGGGCUGGCUCCGCUGGGAGCAGGAGCUCUCCCGCCGCCAGCGGAGCCUGGCCAAGGGAUCUUGGGGCUUGCUUAGCUGGGUGCAGGAGCCUUUCCGCCCCACAGCUGAGCAGCAGGCUUGAGCCAGCUGUAUUGGCCACAGCCCGUGAGGCGCUGGGGUGAAAGCACCUGAGCUCCCAUGAUGAGAGCUGCAGGAGUUUCACCCAGUAUCUUGCCAUCUGGGGCCAAUGCAGCUUUUUUCAACAUCGCUGUAUAUCGUCAAACCACAAUGUUUGGCUGGCGAUACACCAUGAUGUUGAAAACCCAACAUUGUCCAGCCCUUGUGUAAGGUACAGCCACAAGCUUUUGGUGGCCUCAUAUGCAGGCACCAGCUUUUAGGUGCCUCUGGGCAGAAAUGUGGCUGCAUUGUGAAAAACAGUCUGCUACUAGUCCCCUGCCUUUAGCCAAUAGAUUUAUAUAUCUGCCUUGGCUGUCUGUUGGUGAUGGUAGCCAAGAAUAUGAGUUUGCAGUGUCCCACGGGGCCAAUGCUAGACACGGUCUUUGCCAUGAGUUAAAUGUAUCAUCUGAAAAUUAUCUUACUGUAUAACCUGGUAAUAUUUUAUCCCAGAAUGCUGCAUUUGGGGACUUUGAAAUAACAAAAAUGAUGCACAAGAAACUUAGGAAGCAAAACUAUGGAAAAAAUAUCUAACACUGUUGUAUUUAUUUUCUAAUUCUAGUUCUGGAUGUUCUACACCUCACAAAUGAAAAGAUUUUUUCACUGAUACAGGGAUUUUCCUUACUCCACACUUGUGUUUGCUAGGUUAAGAUAAUUUUGUUGACUUUCAGAAAUCUCCCAUUACUGCACAAUUUCUUUCUUGCUUACCGAAGCACAAAAGCCACAAAGAGAGAGAAACUUUAAAAGUAGGCAUGGUGCAUGGCAAAUUAGGCACGCAACACCAAUUAGCAAAAACACAGUAAAAGGAAUUGCAUGUCUAAUUCACAACACGCUGUGCUGUAAAUGCAACUCUUAGUAGUUUGUGAAAUCACUGUGAAGUUUAUCUAGUUAGAAGAGGCUUUGAUUUUGGAAAUAAAACUAUCCAGAGAUAUAGACUCUUAAUUUUACUGCUUUCUGUCAGUGGCUCCUAAGUAAUAGAACCUCAUUUAUAUAUUUAUUUUGUAGUGGUACUGUGGAUUGCUGUUUUGGUAGAGGUUACUAGUCAUGCUGUGUUAGGAAGAGUUUAAUUUCAUACGUACAAAUAUGUAGAUUAUCAGCAAACAGCAGAAGGCCACCAAAUAGAAAUAGCAUAAUGGUUUCUGGUGAGGUAACCUUUUCUUUUUACAAAUAAAUGUUUAGAGUCCGCAUUUUUGGUUGUUCUCUGUAUUAUUUCUCCAUGCUGCAAGAAUUGUAUGUGGCUAAGGGGAAUGCUGUUCACACUCCUGUUACGAGAUAGAAAUAGGUCUUGCCCGUCCCUUGAAUUGUUGAUACAGGAGUGAGAUAUUCUCUUCUCAGGUUCUCCAGUUACGGAAUUUCUACAUUCAGCCAGGGAAGGAUUGAAGAGAAAGCCCUGGCUUAGCAUCAUUACGGUAGCUGAGUUGGAAGCAAGCGCUUCCUGCUCAGCUUACAGAAAGGGAUAGGCAGGACAACUCUGCAGAAGCUGCUGCUGUGUCCAAGAGCUCUUGGCUGCAGUGCAGACUUCCUCAAGGUUCUUCUAUGCACCCAGUCUCCUGCCCUAAAACCACUUGCUCUUUGGGGGGCAAAGGGAGACUCAGUCUUGCCCUCUGCUUUUGAAGCAACCAGGAUAAGUGAAGGGGAAUUGGGCUUGGAGAUAGCACAUGCCUUUUGACAUGUUGCCUCUGGGCCCAUUUUCUACCCUCCCCACCAUACAUGGCUUUGGAGAUAGAUUGUGUUUCCUUCCCUUCCUCUGUCUGCACUGCAGAGAGCAGGAAGGUUCAAUCCUGCUGCAUGCUGCUUCACCAGCACAUUCCAUGUAGGGAACACACUAGUGAAGCGGACCCCUUGCAGUCAGCAGUAUUGAACCCUCCACUUGCUACCACACCUUUGGGGAAUAUGCUUAUGAAGCAGCACCCAGCAGGAUUGCAAGCUAGGUUCUAUCCUGCUAGCUGCAAGGUGCUGCUUUGCAAGCAUGUUCCCCGCAGGGAAGGCACUUGCAAAGCAACACCCAGCAGGAUUGCGCACUGCUUGUUUAAGCCUGCCGGGUACAGGGCAAAUCACUCAGCUGGAUCAAACCUUCCUGUUCUCCACAGUGCAAUCAGGGGCAGUGGAAGGAGGCACAGUGUCUCCUCCUUUCCUGACCCUCACAGACUUUUUCAGCCGUGGGCCGGUCCACUGUCCCUCAGACCUUGUGGGGUCGUGUGUGUGUGUGUGUGUGUGUGUGUGUGUGUAUGUAUAUAUAUAUAUAAUGAACAAAUUCCUAUGCCCCACAAAUAACCCAGAGAUGCAUUUUAAAUAAAAGCACACAUUCUACUCAUGUAAAAACACGCUGAUUCCAGGAUUGUCCGCGGGCCGGAUUGAGAAGGCGAUUGGGCUGCACCCGGCCCCCGGGCCUUAGUUUGCCUACCCAUGCUCCUGACCAUAUGUUGACUUUACCCCUGCAUGUGCACUCCUCCAUUGUCUCUCAAGAUAGACCGAUGCCAACAACAAUUGGAUGUUGCCCAUAUCUGCAUUAAUCUGGGAUAGAGUUGUGCUUUCCUUGUACUGAAUGUGGAUUACAUGUUUUGAGCUCUGGGAUUUUGAGUUAGAUCCAGUUUUUUAUAGAAUCAGUGUAAUCUGUUUAAAUUAAUGCUGUUUGAUAUACUCAAAUGCUGUUUUCUGGACUGUGUAGGUCCUGCGCUAGACCUUGAAAAAGUUCAGCCAGAAUCCAUUGAGCCUGAGCCUGAAGUACAGAAUGCUUUCAGUGAGGAAGCAAAUACAUCAACAUACUAUCCUGCUGCUGUUCCAGUAAUGGACAAAUAUAUUCUUGAGAAUGGAAAGGUAAUUUAGGAGGCUACUUCAUAAAUAUUUGUCAUGUGGAAUUUAGGUGGAUUUCAUGUUCCUCAUAUCAGGCCAAGAGAAAGCUAGAAGACCUUUACAGACAUUUCUUGAGUUGUGGUUUCCUUUCCUGGUGGUUUUUGCAUUUGUUCGGCAAAAGGUACUCACAGACCACACACCUGAUGAAAAUCAUAGCUUUAGAAGAGCUGGAAUGUCUUCCCUUGUGUUAGACACAGUUAUGUGAGAGAUUUUGAAAGUAACUUGGAACUCCUAGAUCUGAUUCAUAGAUAUCUGUGUGUGUAUAUGUCUUUUGGAGACUAGUAUUUCAAUCAUCGUUGAGCCUAUAUAGUUGUAUGAAUUCACUUUCUGAUAUAAUUGUCUGUAGAACAACUUGCUUUCAAUUUACAUGAAUGUACAUAGAACUCAGUUUCAAGUUAAUUCUAACAUUUCAUACCUUGAGAUAUUGCAGGAGUAUUAUUUUUUAAGAUCAGUGGCUGGUUCUUAUGAAAUAUUAAACAAAUCACUACUAAUCUGGAUGCUCUUUGCUUUUUGAAAACUGACUGCAUUUCCCUCCCUUUACACUUCAGGUCCAUCUUGGCAGCGGCAUCUGGGUAGAUGAGGAGAAAUGGCACCAACUGCAAGUAACGCAAGGGGAUUCAAAGUAUACAAAAAACUUAGCGGUUAUGAUCUGGGGAACAGAUGUUCUUAAGAACAGAAGCGUCACAGGAGUCGCCACCAAAAAAAAGAAAGACGCCGUUCCCAAACCUCCUCUGUCCCCUCACAAAUUAAGCAUUGUCAGAGGUACGUGACUUGGAGCAUGCAAUACUGCUGUGAUGAAAUGGGAGAAUCUUUCUUCCUCUUUUUUUUAUUUUUUUUUAAAAAAUUACUCAAAUAUGCAGCACAAUUCCACAUUCCAGUUACACUGUUGUGGGCAGGAGAGAUAUGCUAUUGCUACAACAACAGAAAAGCCCAUAUAUCCUAUGCAUGCUCAACCCAGGAGAAGAGGCGGGAAACACAUAACCAGUUUUUUCUUUAAUGGUGGGAAAGCAACAGAUGUGCCCCUAGCAUACAUUGAAAACUGACCAUCACUAUCCCUACUCACACAUGGAGAGAGUCAGUGAACUCACAAUGCCAGGGUCGUACCCCAACACACAACAUUAGAGCACCUCACUCCACCAACCCCAUUGGCAUAGCCAUCAAUGACCACAAUACUGCAAGUCCCCAGGUAACUCUCCUGGCAGGGGUUUGACUUGAGUUACUCUCUUCACAACCACCAUUUGGAGCACCACACACAGAAGAAAAGGAGAGUCCAGAUAAUGCUGCCCCCAUCCACCAUACGCAGCCAUAGAUACCAGGAGCAUAAGGAAUGGAGGAGGAGCCAUAGCUGGGUGGAACAGCUCACAUUUUACAUGGCAGGAGUGCCAGUUUAAAAUUCAGGGUACAACCUCACACUAGGAAAGAUGGGAAGCCCCCCUCCUCCCACUUGACACACCUUAGCAAAUCAGGAGGAGCACUGCAUGAAGCAAUAGCCUGGCUGCUGCAUGGGCCAACCAGACCAUUUGGUCCACCCUUUCCCCUAGCACCCCAUGUGACCAGUCACCUUCCUUGCUAAUUUGCCUGAUAGUCCAGCGCUGCUGAGUAGAAUCUCAGUAGGCCUCUGCCUCUCUCUUUUCCUUCUUCCUUGCCAAAUGACUGCCUACUACACACUGCCACCAUUGAACUUGUGCAACCUGAUAGGCCUGCCCACUCAUGAGUGAACAACCAUUGAAAGCACCACUUCAAGCUUCCUUCCUUCCCCUCUCAGAGUCCCAUCCUGAGUCCUACUUGAGUACGACCCUACAAACAGCAACAAAACAAAAAAACAACAACUUGUUGCAGAAUAAUUGCCUUUAUUCAACUCAGUGCAUCUGGGAUAGAGUGGACCCUGAAAGAGAAAAACACUUUUCUGGGAUGGCCAAAGCAGGUUCUUUAUGAUGGUUGCUCAAUAGACAGAAGAGCAGGUUCUCCUUGUGGCACCAGCUGCAUCCUAGGGACACCUUCAUCUGUUUUGUGUCUGUGAUGAAUCUUCCAAGGAUGUAUGCACAUGCUUGGAACAAGUAGGAUGCUAUGAGCAAAAGCUGGAAAUGUCCUAGUCUCUACUGCUUGUCAUGUGUUGGACCUUUCUCAUGGUCUGCGCAGAAUGAGGUUUCAAGUAGAUCCUGUAUCUGUUAAGAGAAGGGAGUCACUGACAGGGAACAAUGAGUAAUAGUCAGCAGCCCAUAGCCACUGAAGCUGGAGCAGGUGUUUUGGGGUGAGUGAGAAGACAGGGUCUGAUGACGUCUGUAUGUUGUCCUACAUGCCCAGUCAUAGAAUACUUGAAUUGUAGAGUUGGAAGGGAUCCUGAGGGUUAUCUAGUUAAACCCCCUGUGAUGCAGGAAUCUCAUCUAAAUCAUACAUGACAGAUGGCUAGUCAACCUCUGCUUAAAAACCUUCAAGGACGGAAAGUCCAUCACCUUUCAUUGGAGUCUGUUCCACUGUGGGACAGCUCUUACUGUCAGAAAGUUCUUCCUGAUGUUUAGUCGGAAUCUCCUUUCUUGUAACAUGAAGUUAUUGGUUUGAGUCCUCUGGAGCAGGAAAAAAGAAGCUUGCUCCAUCUGCCAUGUGACACCUGUUCAGAUAUUUGAAGAUGGAUACCAUGUCUCCUCUUUAGCAGGCUGCUCCCUCUGUGUUGGGUUUAUAUGCUAGUGGUAGUGUGCUGUGAUUGGGUGGUGAGUUACACUGUGUCAUAUGGCCUGUCAUAUGACAACAAAAGGGAUGCGGGUGGCACUGUGGUCUAAACCACUGAGCCUCUUGGGCUUGCUGAUCAGAAAGUUGGCAGUUCGAAUCUCUGUGAUGGGGUGAGUUCCCGUUGCUCUGUUCCAGCUCUUGUUAACCUAGCAGUUCUAAAGCACGCCAGUGCAAGUACCACUGCAGCGGGAAGACAAACGGUGUUUCCGUGCGCUCUGGCACUCGUCACUGUCCUCCGUGCGCCAGUAGCUGUUUAGUCAUGCUGUCUGUGGACAAAUGCUGGCUCCCUCGGCCUGAAAGUGAGAUGAGCGCCACAACCCCAUAGUCGCCUUUGACUGGACUUAACCGUCCAGGGUCCUUUACCUUCAUGGACUAUUUUUCGUUUCCCACCCCUUCCCAUCUAAGUCAGUGGGAGAAAAAUUGCAUCAUGGCUGGGCAUGAUAUAAUGUUCAGCUGUUGAUGGGGCCACGUCUGUAGUCUGGAGAAUUGUAGGUCGUAGUGUCUCCUGCCUGUAGCUCUGCCCUGUUUUAGCCAUUCUGUUGAUGUACUUGAUAUUUUCACUAGGGUGUCUGUCAUGGUAGUGAUGUGUUCUACUAGCACUUGUACCAUAUUCUCUGGCCCUCAACCAGUGGAUCUUGAGCGUAUGAGGACACCUUUAAUCAAUCAUUGCAUUGAGACUUUGUUAAAAUAUUCUCUCACACACAAAAAAGAGUAUAGCUACAUACAUACAAAAAUAUAUGUCGAUAUAAAGCCUUCCACUUCUCUAAUCUCCAAAUUUUCAUUCAAAAUGCAGACAGAGGAUCUGCAAUCCAUUUUAAAGAGGAAAAUAGACACCUUAAGGCAGUUUGAUAAGUAGAAAGGCAUUGCCAUACUUAAUCUGGCAUUUGAAUGAAAAUCCCUGCUUCUGAAAAUAAAACUAAUAUGAAAUUUUGUUUGACAGCACCUUUAGAAAUGGUAAAAGAGUAUGCAUGUCUGACUAUCUUUUUCAAUCAAGGAACUAUGUUUCAAAGCUUCUUCAAAUUUGGUUGCAAUCCAGAGAAAAAUAAACCCAGUUAAAAAUGCAUUGAAAUAGAUGCAACUUAAGUACUUAAUUAAUGUUCUUAAUUGUACGAUUAAUAUGCUUAAUUGUACAAUCCUAUGUAUGCUUACUCAGAAGCAAAUCCUAUUGUAUUCAGUGAAGUUUACUCCUUAAAACGCAUGCCUAGGAUUGAAUAUGUAGGCUCUAAUCUCAAUGGGAUUUAGGUGUACCUUAUAUAUUCUGACCUGCAUACUUUAUAUUAGGGAUAGGAAACCUGUGACCCUCCAGUUGUUGCUGGACUACAGCUCCCAUCAUCUCUGACCAUUGAUCGUGCUGCCUGGGCCUAUCAUGGAAAUCGAAGUCUGGCAACAUUUGGAGGGCAUCUCUACUAAAUGUAUUCAGAUUUCUCCUUGGCUGUGCCAAAUUGACUUUUUAUGUCAGCCUUGUUCCCACGUACCAUGUCUUGAUGUGUAUCCAUGUAUAGCACGAUCACUUCUUUAUAUCACUGAAAGAGAAUACAUAAUCACAAGGAACCCUCAAACAUUCUUUUCACAUCGUCUAAGUCUGGUACUAUCUAAAUGAUGCAUAAGGAUAUAAAUAUCAGUUCUCCGUAGCUUAAGAAAACAAGUGGAUUCACUAAGUAUUAUGCACAUCCAAUUCAAUGCAUAGUGCAAGAGAGGGUAAGCCCCACUUCAUCUGUUAACCAGGGACACAGUUAUAUGUGCAUGGCAACUCCUCGUAGCACUUGAAGAAACCACGUGGACAAGGCUGGUCCUCACACCAGCACUGCAAGACUGUAGGCCAGGUUAUCAUUGGCAUGGAAACCAAUGAUGCUACUGGAGCAGCUCUUAUGAAUAGGAAGUUAACUUGGAGUGGUGCAGAAACUGCUUUCAAUCAAGGAAAGAAAAAAAUUGAGAUGCUCCAAGUGCUACUGAGAAGGAGCAGAAAUGAGCAUGGAGAAGGGCUGUAGCUCAGUGGCAUAGCAAAUGCUUUGAAUGCAGGUUGAAGAGCCCAGGUUGACUCUCUGCUAUCUCAGGGUAGGGCUGGAAAAGACACCCGUCUGACUGGCAGCAGCUCAGCAGUGUUCACUGUGAAGAGUACUGAGCUAUAUGAACCCACUCUCUCACUUGGUAGACUAUAAGACAUCUUCCUGUGCUGCUAGAGAUAAUCCUGUGGAGCCCAAUAGCUAGGAGCUCUUUCCUUUCUCCCAAAAUAUUUUUAGUUAUGGGGCGGCAUCAGGCUUAGUUAAUCAGCUGUCUUGUGUUUCUGGGCUCUCGAGCCAAUGUUCUGGGAAUGAGUAAAAUUAGUAGUGUUCAGGGAAGCUGACUUUGUGGCUCCUUAAAUCCUAGUAACAGCUGAAGUCUGCAGAGUAAGCUGAGUUGUCGCUCAACAUUCUGCAACAGUUUAACAACUCCAUUCUAAACUUAUGAUCCUGCACAGGCUAUUUUGUGUCUAGGAAAUUUUCGUGAAAUCAGUGGAACUUUCACACUCAUCAGGGUUAUGUCUGUAGGCAGUGAUGCAACAAUGCACUUAGACCAGAUCUGUGUUCACAUCAAGGUUUAUUGUACUGGUUUUUCCCCCUCACUGGCAAGACUGUGAGAUGGAUUUUAACGUUGGGAUGAUGGUUCAUCUGGGAAUCAUGCUGGAAAUAAAACAGCAACAGCCAGCAUGGGUAGAUUUCAAUAAUGCACAGUAAUAACUUGAAUUUCCCUCUCUGUGUGUUUAUGCCUUGUUUUUCAGUUCAAAUAUUCACUGUUCUGGUACUGAAGAAGGGGUGGGAGGUAGUUUUCCUUGAUCACAGUUCAUCCGUCAUUGUUUAAAUUAGAACACCAUUUUUAGCCACGGUUCUUCCCCCAGCUCUUUCAGACCUCAUUUUAAUGCAUAUUGGCAGCUACCCUUUUCAGCUUAGAUUAUAACUAGGAUUUUAAAUAUAUUUUUCAUUGUCCAAUAAUUUUUGCAUUUCAAGAUGAGAGCUCGUAAAAUCCAUGUUUGAUGUGGUUUUUACUUUUAUUCUCUGGUCCUAGAAUAGCUUCCUUAAAAUACAUCUUUUUUAAAAAUGGAGUAAAGCCUUAAUGGGGCUAAUAUGUCUUGCUCUUUAGUAGUCCCUGUUGUGUAGUUUAUUUUAAGGAAGUUAUUAAAAAGUAUGGUAUGCAAACAUUGUAAACCCUGUCACUGAAAAAUAACCUUUUCUAAAACUUCUGAAAGGUGUCAGAGGAAACUGAAAAGGGUAUAGAAUAUUUAAUUGUCAUAACUUUAAUAUGGUACAUUAACAAUGCUAUAAAACUUGUUAAUUAAGUGAAUCUCUGUGGUUUUCUACCAUAUGAAGCAAUAAAUUGCUGGUGGGGAAAAUACUAGGCAAAGCAGAAGUUGUUUAAUCAGUUUGGAAGCCAUUAAAGCAAUAGUAAGGACCAGCGGGCACAAUGGCUAUAUUUUUUGCCACUUUGCCACCAUGGGUGUAUGUGUGUUUAGAGAGAGAGUAUAUGGAGUUCUAAGAGUAGCAGGGCUCGCCCUCUUAAAGUUGUGCCUUUGUAACCAGGCUAUUUACAGCCCAUUUAUUCCUUCCAAAAUUUGGAACAAAGAUUACAAUGACUUUAUAGUUUCUGGAUUAUAUCCUCAUCUCUUUCAGCCAGCUACCUUCAACUACAGUGGUGCCUCGCAAGACGAAAUUAAUCCGUUCCGCGAGUGUCUUCGUCUAGCGGGUUUUUUCGUCUUGCGAAGCAACCCUAUUAGCAUUUUAGCGGAUUAGCGCUAUUAGCGGUUUAGCGGCUAUUAAAGGCUUAUCGGCUUAGCAGAUUAGCUGCUAAAAGGCUAUUAAAGGCUUAGCGGCUUAGAUAAAGGGGGGGGGGAGCGGAAAAAAAAUCUCAAGACUCGCAAGACAUUUUCGUCUUGCGAAGCAAGUCCAUAGGGAAAUUCGUCCUGCGAAGCAACUCAAAAACGGAAAACCCUUUCGUCUAGCGGGUUUUCCGUUUUGCGAGGCAUUCGUCUUGCGGGGCACCACUGUAUCCUUGGGCAUUAAAGAUGCAGCUACAUUGCUACAUUGCUUGGAAGUAUCUCUUGACUACACCUUUCUUGUGUGCUCUUUUUCCAAUAGAAUAUGUCGGCCAAUGUAACCCUACUUCAAUUAAUGUUUUUAGAGCACCUCAAAAGUCCACCAGAGGAGGCUUCAUAGUUCUUUGUCUGUCACAGAAGUAUGCUGCUGCUGGAAUAAUGCAUCACUUAUAUGUUCAGCAUAGGUCAGCUUCCACUUUUUCAGACUACCAGUGUUAGUGUGAUUCAGGAAAACAAAAUCUGAAAAAGUGGGAACGUUUGUUGGAAAUGACUAGGGAACCUGCUAUCUGCAGCAGCAAAGGGAACAUUGAGAAACAUAGAUUUUUCUCUGGAGUUUGUGACCAUGGUUGUGUGAUAUAGUGGAAAUGUUUAGCCUGGAAAACAAGACUUCAGAGCUAGAAAGUGUAAAUAUGUGCUAGAUAAUGGUCAAAUAAUGCUAUAUGCAUUCCUUUUUGAUGUAAUCCUAAACCUGUUUACUCAAAAGUGUUCUAUGGAGAAGUGUGCAUAUGAUUAUAGCCUUUAAUAUUAACGGAGUUAAAUGUUGGGUUGUGAUUAGUAGCCUAUCAUUCAAACUACAAAUCAACCAGAAACAUUUCACACUGCAGUAUUAAAAUGUAGCCGAAAGUAUUAUUGUACAUUAUUUUGUUCAUGAUCCAGAGAUCUGCAUGCACAAAACCAUGUGCAUAAGCCAAAUUUUUUGAAGUCUGUCAACAAACUGCUGCCCUCUUGCUAUCUCUUUCAUGUGCCUGUUACCUUGCUCAGUCACAUCGACUGUGUUUUACAUUUGUUGAGGUGUCAUUCUUAAUGCCAUUUUUUUUUCCAUUUCAGAAUGUUUGUAUGACAGGAUAGCACAAGAAACUGUGGACGAAACUGAAAUUGCACAGAGACUCUCCAAAGUCAACAAGUACAUUUGUGAAAAAAUCAUGGAUAUCAAUAAAUCAUGUAAAAAUGAAGAAAGGAGAGAAGCAAAAUAUAAUUUGCAAUAAAUUUUGAAUUUUUAAUAAAGUAUUAGUGUUUUACUCUGGUGGUGGUCUUGAUUUCAUGGUGUUGGG